AUGACGGCACAGCAGAUCGUAGAACAUCGCGACGUGAUCAUCGUCGGUGCGGGGAUAUCAGGGUUGGGUGCAGCUUGUCACCUGCAGCGUGAAACGGACAACAAAGACUACGUUAUUCUGGAAGGUCGGGACGCAAUUGGCGGUACCUGGGAUCUCUUCCGUUAUCCAGGCAUCCGCUCCGACAGCGAUUUGUACACCUUUGGCUAUGAUUUCAAGCCCUGGCAUGGCCAACCCAUCGCUACCGCAGAAGAAAUAUUGAGUUACCUGCACGAAGUUGUGGAUGAAAACGAACUGGCACCACAUAUCCGUUUCAAUCACUGGGUAACAACAGCAUCGUGGUCAACAGAAGAUGCAUUGUGGACAGUGGUUGCACAGUGUGAAGGUGAAACCCGGGUGUAUACCGGGAACUUUCUGUUCAUGUGCCAGGGUUACUACGACUACGAAAAGGGCUAUCGCCCGGAUUUUCCCGGUGAAGAAAACUUUGGUGGCACCAUUGUGCAUCCUCAGCAGUGGCCGGAUGACCUCGACUACAGCGGCAAGCGUAUGGUCGUCAUCGGCUCGGGGGCAACCGCCGCAACGAUUCUACCGGCGGUAGCUGACAAGGUAGAGCACGUCACUCAACUGCAACGCUCACCGACGUAUUACAUGUCCAUGGAUAACAGCGAAGAAGACGCCACCAUUGAGGAGUUGCGUGCGCUGGAUGUGCCUGUUGACUGGAUUCAUGGCAUCAAACGCCGUAAAGCGCUGGCCUUUGGCGAAGAAAUGGCGGUCCGCUCGAAGCAGGAGCCAGAAGUGGUGCGAGCUGAGCUGAUCAAUGCAACCAAAGAAGCCCUGCCUGAAGGCUUUGACGUAGACAAACACUUUACCCCCAGCUACAACCCCUGGGACGAGCGCUUGUGCCUGUUGCCCGAUGGCGACAUGUUUACCGCUAUUUCUUCCGGUAAAGCCUCAGUGGUCACAGAUCAUAUUGAUCACUUUGUUGAACACGGCAUUGUGCUCAAGUCCGGUGAACUGUUGCCUGCAGAUAUUGUUGUUUCUGCCACAGGUAUAGAGCUGUGUGCCCUGGGUAACAUUGAAUUCUCUGUCGAUGGACGCGGCGUCAACCUGCCUGACCGUUGGACCUAUAAAGGCAUCAUGAUUUCGGACAUACCGAACCUGGCCUGGAGUUUCGGCUAUAUUCGAACGUCCUGGACCAUGCGUUCUGACAUGAUUGCCCAUUAUGUCUGUCGUCUGCUCAACCAUAUGGACGAAACAGGCAGCCGUCAGGUAACCCCGCGCCUGCGUGAGCAGGACAAAGGCAUGAAUGGCAAAGGCUUUAUUGAUGCUGAAGAUUUUGCACCCGGUUACAUGCAGCGUGGUGUGCCGCGUCUGCCGAAGCAGAGUGAUCAGGGGCCGUGGACUAAUUCCCAGGACUACUAUGCGGAGAAAGAUCUGUUGCCGGAUGCUGAACUCGAGGACGGUGUCCUUUCGUUUGAAAACCCAGGGCCAGGCGAUAAAACCAGAGCGGCCUGA